AUGUUACGCACCCUCAUCUCUCGCCGUACCACAGCUCACGUCGGAGGCCACACCGUCUUGCGCUCUGCUAGCAAGGUCGCGACGCAGAGUCCAGUGCCACAGACUGGCGCCAGUUAUAACAUACAAAAAGACACAUCCUCCUGCGUCACCCGCUCGCUCGGCGAGUUCAUGAAGGACGGACGCCUCACCUUGAGAGCCACCGCGUCAACCGACGAGAAGGAUAGGAAAGCUGCGGCUAAGGCGCACAACACAGAUGUCACAAGACUGUUGGCGUCUUCCGCAAGGGUAUUGCUGGUCUACCCUGAUGGGUCGCGGCGUCCAUCCAUGGACGUGUAUCCGCGGGUCGGCGCGGCGGCAGUCGGAUUCCUGGCUGGCUCGACUGGUGGUUUGCAAGAGGUCUUCGCGCGGAGUCGCCGGUUGAAGGGAUCCGCCAGCCUUCAGAUGGCUGAAGUCGUGGGUGCACAUAUCGGUGUGGAAGACGGAAUCGAGUACGCGAAACGUCACGACGUCAAACACCUGCGCAUCCACCCCGACGACGAUCUCGUCGUGAGGUGCCUCCAGAUCCUCGGCGGAGGUCGCAAACGCGACGUUACGGGGCAGUACACUGAUAUUCUGAAUCGGAUGUACGGGUUCCUUAGAGGGGAUCCCUCGAGGUCAAUCCUCGUCGAGUGGGUUCCGGCGCACUGUGGCAUCCCUGGAAAUGCGCGGGCCCAUCAGUUGGCGAAGGCGGUGACGAAGGUUGCAGGCGAAAAUGCGGGUGCAGGUGUUGGUGUUGUGGCUGGGAUGCGCGAGCAGAGUUCUUACAAAGUCAGUAAACAGUUGUAAGCGGCGUGGCAUGUACAGCAAAGGCUCCACGAGAAACUUCUGCCUGGGGCCAUAGGCUAACAGAGGACGCGUUCCGGUGCUUCUAAACCGCCUAACCUCCGCCUGACGUCGACUGCAAUUCUUG